AGUGUGUGGAGAAAUGGCGAACGUGAGGGACAGUGAUACAUCGCUGUGGCUUCAUAACAAGCUAGGAACUUCUAAUGACACCUGGAUAGGAGGUUCGAUAUGCUCCCAGCUUAAUGCAUCUGUUCUAAGAAAUAUCCGAGAAUGUUUUGUGGAUUUGCAGACUCAGGUAAAGCUGAAACUACUGUUGGCACUUUUGCACACCCCAAGGAGGAACGUAGAAGAGUGGAAGGUGGACAUCGAAGAGAUACUGGAAAUCGCAGCCUUAGACUCCGACCAGUGGGUCUCGAUGCUGGCAGAAGUCAUGAGAACGUUUCCGGCUACCGGAAAUCUAAACACAGACAUCGGGAAGAUGGAGGAAAAUAAGAAGAUCUUUGGGGAUUUGAUUGCGGAAUUAAAGAGGCUCGUGAAGAAAAAUCUCGACUUGGAUCUGCUACCACUGGAGUGUCACUACCUCAACAAGGCUGCCUUGGUCGCCUCGGUUGGCCAGAUUAUCCAACCCGAGAAGCACUUCGCGCUGCGACGCAAGCCCAAGUCGGCGGCGCUGAAGGUGGAGUUGCUGCAGAAGGUCAAGGACGCCAGUCUGCAGGUCAAGAAGAACGUCAUGCCCAGCGUUCCCGUCCGCUCGCGAGGCAUGCCGCGCAAAAUGGAGAAUGCCACGCCGCUCAAAGGCAUCCCUAGCCGGAUCCCGACCGGCGGCUUCACGGGCACCAGCAACCUGUCGCGGCUGGCGGCGGCCGGCGGCACGCCCGGCCGCCUGGCCCGCACCCCGGCCGGCAGGAAGGAGGGCCGCGUCAAGAUGCUCGACAUCAACGAGCAGCCCAUCGGCGUGCAGCAGAUCAAGAAGCGCAAGAAGCUGCCGGAGGAGGAGGAGAAGGAGGCGCCGUCGCAGCCUCCACCGGCGGCACCCAAGCGGGCCCGUGUGACGGAGGGCGGGGGCGCCACGCCCGACUACGCGGCCGGCCUGCCGUCCACCAACCCGCCGACGCCGGCGGCCAGCCAGCCGGCGGCCAGUCCGGCGCCGGCCGCGCCCGUCAGCUACGCGCCGCAGCCGGACAACGCGCUCGCCGGCACUGACAUUCCGUCCGUGGCGUCCCAGGAGCUGGCCGACACGCCGACCAGCCGGCCGCAGCCGGCCGCGCCCGACGCGGUACAGGCGGCGCCGGCCAUGUACGCGCCGCAACAAGGACAACCGCAGAUAAUCUCGCAGCAGACUUAUCAGCCCGUGCAGCAGGCGGCGGGUAUGAGCCCUCACAAUCUCUCGGAUCCAGUGCAGCAGCAGAUGCUGCUGCGACGGGUGGUGAGCGGCCCGCAGCAGCAGCAGCAGCAGCCGCAGCAGCAGGCGCAGCAGCAACAGCAGGUCACCAUCAUCGCCCAGCCUCAGGCCAACGCCCAGCGGCGCAACCUGACGCUGACACGGGAGCAGAUGCUGGAGGCGCAGGAGAUGUUCCGCACCGCCAACAAAGUCACGCGGCCGGAGAAGGCGCUCAUCCUGGGCUUCAUCGCCGGCUCCCGAGACAACCCGUGCCCGCACCUGGGCAACGUGGUCACCAUCAAGCUGUCGGAGAACCAGGAGUCGGUGCCGCAGGGCGACGGCGGCCCGUUCGCGGCCAUGGUGGCCGAGACCCACUUCCAGAUGAACUACUCCACCGGCGAGUGGAAGCGGAUCAAGAAGUUCCGCCGACUGGACGAGGUGGCCGGCUGAGGGGCGGGCCGCGCCGCCGCGCCGCGGGUCGGCGCCGCGGCGCGCCACCGUCCGAUCUCGGGCGCGGCUCCUCACCG